CUUAUCCCUAAGUACCUAGUCAUCUGCUUGUAAUACAAUACAGUAUGACUGCUUCAUCUAUCACCAUCAUUUUCUCUCCCUAUCAUGUUGGACUCCGGGACCAUCGCGUUGGCGACGGACCAAACCGUAUCUGCAAACUCGGCCUUAUCCCACAACUCGAAGAACUCGGUGUCGAAAUUCACUUCCACGAAAUCGGGCCUGUCGAUGACUUUGAGGGCGAAAUCGGGAGAAGUUUUGAGGUCCUUCGACGAACUUCGAUCGCUGUCUCACAAGCGCGAUCCCAAAACUCCUUCCCACUCGUGCUCUCCGGAAACUGUAUGAGUACUGUCGGUGUCGCAUGCGGUCUCGGUAUGAAUGAGCCAGGAUUCAUAUAUUUCGACGCACAUGAUGAUAUGGAUACACCUUCGACGAACUGGAAUGGAUAUCUCGAUGCAAUGGGGUUGUCGAUGUUGGCAGGUAAGAGUUGGCACUACCUGACGAGCACAAUACCGGGUUAUGGGCCGGUAAAGUAUGACAAGAUGUUGUAUAUCGGACUGAGAGACGUGACGAACGACCAGCGGAAGACGGUUCUGGAUGCUGGAGCGAAAGUCAUUUGGGGAAACGCGGACAAGCACGUAGACUACGCUAUGGAGCUGACGCAAGCUCUCGAACAGUCUCAAUUGUCACCGGCGUUAGUGCACCUCGAUCUUGAUGUGCUAGAUGAAAGUGUUGGCAAGGUGAACGGGUUCGAGAGCAAGGGCGGGCUGUUUGAAGACGAUUUGUUGAAGUGCACAAAGCUUAUACCACAAAAGGCCAUGCCGGUUUCGCUGACAGUGUGUUCUUUCAAUCCAAACCUGGGCGAUGGAGACAAGAUUGCUGAGAUUGGUAUAAAAGCUAUUAUUACCUUUGUAGAAUCACUGAUUAGUACUGCCGUGUUGGGAAUAAAAAGUUUUGUGGGUCUGAAGCAGGUCAAGAAAAGGACCUAA